AUGCCUCACCUGCGAAUCGGCAAAAUACUUGCCUCACGCGCUGCUUGGCUCAUAACCUUAUUUCUUCAUUUCCCCCCUUCCGCCUCUCGUUUCCUCAAUCUCGUUUCCCCCCUUUCUCCUCUCAUUUCCCCCCAUUCCGCCUCUCAUUUUCCCGGAGCUCCUCCCUCUCGUUUCCCCCCCUUCUCCAUCUCGUUUCCACCCAUCCUCCCUCUUAUUUCCCCCCUCCAUCCUCUCGUUUCCCCCCCUUCUCCCUCUCGUUCCCCCCCCCAUCCGCCUCUCCUUUCCCCCCCUUCCGCCUCUCGUUUCCCCCCCUUCUCCCUCUCAUUUCCCCCCCUCCUCCCUCUCGUUUCCCCCCCUUCCCCCUCUCGUUUCCCCUCCUUCUCCUCUCAUUUCCCCAACUUCUCCCUCUCAUUUCCCUCUUCCCCCUCUCAUUUCCCCGCUUUCCCCCUCUCGUUUCCCCCCCUUCUCCCUCUCAUUCCCCCCCCUCCUCCCUCUCGUUUCCCCCGCUCUUCCCUCUCGUUUUCCCCCCUUCCGCCUCUCAUUUCCUUUCCCCCUCUCGUUUCCCCCCCUUCUCCCUCUCAUUCCCCCCCCUCCUCCCUCUCGUUUCCCCCGCUCUUCCCUCUCGUUUUCCCCCCUUCCGCCUCUCAUUUCCUUUCCCCCUCUCGUUUCCCCCCCUUAUCAAUCUCGUUUUUCCCCCUUCCUCUCAUUUCCCCCCAUCCUCCCUCUCGUAACUCCCCCUUCCCCCUCUCGUAUCCCCCCUUCCCCCUCUCAUUUCUCCCCCUCCUCCCUCUCGUUUCCCACCCUUCCCCCUCUCGUUUCCCCUCCUCCCUCAUUUCCCCAACUUCUCCCUCUCAUUUCCCCCCUUCUCCCUCUCAUUUCCCCGCUUUCCCCCCUCUCGUUUCCCCCCCUUCUCCCCCUCAUUUUCUCCCUUUCUUCCUCUCAUUUCGCCCCCCCUGCUCCCUCUCAUUUCCCCCCCUGCUCCCUCUCAUUUCUCCCCCUGCUCACCCUCACUUCCCCCCUUUCUCCCUCUUCAUUUCCCCCUCUCCUUCCCCUCAUUUCGCCCUCUCCUUCUCCUCAUUCACCCUUUCCUUACCCUCAUCUCCCCAUCUCGUUUCUCGCAUUUCCCCUACUCCGUCCCCUUGUUUCCCCCUCUCCCCUCAUUUCAUCCUCUCAUUCCUCUUGUUUCCCACAUUUCCCCUUAUCCGCCCUCUCCUCUCCCUUUCUCCGUCCCCUCCUUUACCCCUCCUUCCCCUCAUUUUCCCCUCUCCCUACCCUCAUUCCCCCCUCUCCUUUCCCUCAUUUCCCCCCUCCUUACCCUUCCCUGCCCCCACCCUGCCGGCAGCUUGCCCUUGUCUAUAA